AUGCUCCAAGAGGUCGCACCAGCAGCUCCAAGGGACCUCCAAGCCUAUUUACAUGGCUUCCAAGAGGUUGUGCGACCCCACUGUGGCUCCGACACUUCCCCAGAUAUGCUCAAUGGUGAGAAAGCGUUGCCACCAGUAUCGCGUGGCUAG